GUUUCCCAGAAGCCAUCGCGCCUUCCAGGACAGGGCUGAUGUUACUACUGCCAGUCUGGGGCAAGGGGCGCCCUGAAAUCGAGGGUCCCAAGGGGAGACGGCGCUGCGGUCCCUGCCCGGGAGUGGCCGGGAAAAGGUGCCAAUGGAUGCCUUGCCCAUCACACCAGGAGAGCUACUGUGCUUGGGUUCCAGCCUGGCCUUCUCCGGCCUUUUCUACUACCUGCACAGAAGGAAAGCCAAGGUGGCCGCCAAAAUCCAGGAGGCUCCAAAGCUUCAGGUGGGGGACGAUCUCCGUGCCGUCCUCUCUGCCACAGGUACCAGCUGCCUGCAGUAUGUUGCCAUUGAAGGUGUUGUCCAACCGGACGAGGCGGCUCUAACCAGCCCAUACCACAAGGAAUUACAGGGGGUGAUUGAGAGGUUGGUGCUGAAAGAACACCGGCUGGUCUGGAACAGCCUGGCUCGGAGCUGGGUGGACAGCGAGCGGGUGGUGCUGGAACAGGUACACAGCGUCCCCUUUGUCCUGACGUCGCCUGGCGGCAAGGCGGGAGCAAAGGUCAGCGUCGAGUCCCCCCUCCGUGCCGUCGAGCUGCCCUUGGAGACGGUGUACGAGCGCUUCCAGCAGACCGCCCACGGCUUCAAGGACCUGCUCAGCCACUACCUGAGCGGCGAGAAGCCCAAGGGUUUCCUCGAGACCGAAGAGAUGCUCUUGGUCGGCAGCAGCCUCACCGGCAUCGGCGAGCUGGCCCUGCACCCGGACGGCUCCCUCCACCUCCAACCCCCAGCGGACGGCGCCGGGUACUUCCUGCGCCUGAGCGACUGGCAGAGCCUGCUGGCCGAACUGGAGUCCACCAGCAGUUUCUGGAAGUGGGCCACGUUGCUGUGCGGCUUGGCCGCGGCCGCCGCCCUCCUGCGCGCCCUCUGCCGUGCCUACUGGAGCCGCCGGCUCAAACAGGAGAAAGAGCAAGAACGGCGGGCCUUCGAAGACCUCCGGCUCCACAAGGGCCUGGCGGCGGAGCCGGACGAAGAGCUGCCGGCCAGCAUCUGCGUCAUCUGCCUCUCCAACCCCCGGCAGUGCGUGCUGCUGCCCUGCGGCCACGCCUGCUGCUGCUUCCGCUGCUUCCAGGCCCUGCCCCGCCGCACCUGCCCCAUCUGCAGAAGCCCCAUCGACCGCGUGGUCCCUCUCUACCUGGUCUGAGAGGACAGAGAUCGAGUGCCCUCCAGAUACCGCAGAGAGUGAACCAAAUAGGCCUGUUUGCGGAGGGAUACGCCGCCUUGCCUCUUUCUCGCCCCUGAGUGGUAUUUCCAGAGCUGCUGUUGCAAUAAAGCUCCCUCCCUUGUUCCCAGCGCAACCUCAACAUUGGUAGUACCGGGGAAGAGGGGCUUUACAAUCUAUUGCACUUUUUGCUGGGAGCUGGCCAAGGAAGCCCCUGCGUUUCUCAAACCCACAUGCAGACUUAGAAAAAGGGCAGUCUGCCAUCAGAAGGGUCUUUAAGAUAUUGGGGGAUGCAGCUCCUCAUGCCGUGUACUAGCCUCCUUGCCGCAGGACCUUACGGACUCAAAACCAAGUUAUGAUCUGAGCCAAACCCUUGGAGCUGAACUGGUGGCUCCGGCCAUGACUCUGAGACUCCAGCUCCAAAGGGAAACAACGUCCCCCUCUUCCUUUCCCCCUAGCAGCAGAGGCGCCCUGUCCUCACAUUUAUAUUUGUGACACCCCCACUCCUUUGUUUGGACGUGCAGGUAUUUCGCCACGGGUUCCGGUUAGGGGUGCUUCUCGGGCAACAGGGUCAGCGGUUGUAAGUGCAGCUGGUGCCGUGAAAAGCUGCCAGCUCCCAUUCACCGUUUUGUGCCACUAUCACCACCACCAGCGAGACUCUCUCACGGGAGCCCCGCUGCUUUCAGAGCUAGCUCAGGGCGGCUGCUUUUCGUUUGAGCCAGACUGCCACUAAACUGUCUGUUCUGUUUAAUUCUGUGCUGUCCUGGCAGUUACGCUGCCGGUGCCGAGCCAGUCGUGGACACUUUCCCUUUAAUUCGAAGACAGACAAUCAAUGAAGUUUUGGGCGAACGACCCAGGAGUUCUCCAGCACAAUUGGCUUCGGGUUCGUUUCCAAGGUAGGCUCUCCCGCCUCAGCUUGCAACUGAAAGGUCUUUGGCAUCACUGAGCUCUACCUGGGCAAAAGAGAGCGUCUCCUGGUCUUUCUUAGCGUCACCUGCCUGGCAGGUUAGAUUGGUAUGUGUGUUUUUGUGUGCGUCCUCCUUCAGGGACGAGCCAAGCGCUCUGUAACGCACAGCUGAGAUGCGCUCCGGAAGCGUGGUGCCAAGCCGUUGUUAAUAAACAGACGAACCCAU